AUGUCAGCAGACGGAUCACGUGAGAAAGUGCAGUCCGCAAUGACCCACACAUAUGUGCCACACUUCAACAGCUUCUCCUACCGGAAUCACGAUGCAGUUCAGUCAACGACUGAGCGACACAAGGAAACUAUCAAUAAGACCUAUACGAAAGACUGCCAGGUGUAUACUGGAGUAUCAUACAGAGGCACAGUCUCUGUGACCAAGACAGGCAGGACGUGUCAACGCUGGGACAGUCAGACUCCAUGGCAACAUCCCACCACACCUGCUGCAUGUCCGUCAUCCGGACUGGAGCAGAACUACUGCCGGAAUCCGGACGGCGAAUCCGGAGUGUGGUGCUACACCACGGAUCUCUUGAUGAGAUGGGAGUAUUGUGACGUACCGGUUUGUGCAUCCAAAAGACUGGAAACCGUAGAGCGAGGUGGAACCUACUACAAGUUUGUUACCAAAGCCAUGGUGUACAAUGAUGCCAAACAGACCUGUGCGGCAGACGGAGGCCAUCUUGCCGAUGUUAAGACACGGGAGCUGCAGGACUUCCUUGUUGCCAAGAUCCGGGAAGGGGACUGGACUUGGUCUGAUGGGACUCCACUCAGCAGUUGUGGCUUCUCCGACUGGGCACCAGGAGAGCCUAGUGGAGCUCCACAUGUCCAGCUCGCCAUCUUGCCGACCCGGUUGUUUGAAACUUGCAAAUGGGACGACGACUACCUUCAUCCUGAAAUCCUGCGGUUCUCCAUCUGUCAAAUCGACUCAACGCCGGAAGAUGGAUCAUGUGAGAAAGUGCAGCCCACGAUAACCUACACAUUUGUGGGUCGGUCACAAUACAGCAGCAUCUCCUGCCGGACUCACUGCGGUGCUGUUCAGACAACGACUGAGCAACACAAGAAGACCAUUACUAAAACUGUUACAGAAGACUGUCAGUUAUAUGCUGGAGCAUCUUACCGAGGCACAGUCGCUGUGACCAAGACAGGCAGGACGUGUCAACGCUGGGGCAGUCAGACGCCUCAUGAACACUACAACUCACUCGCUUUUCUACCGUUAUCCGGACUGGAGCAGAACUACUGCCGGAAUCCGGACGGCGAACCCGGGGUGUGGUGCUACACCACGGACCCUGGCAAGAGAUGGGAGUAUUGUGACGUACCAGCUUGUGUAACCAAAGAACUGGAAACCAUAGAGCGAAAUGGAACCUACUAUAGACUGGUUACCAAAGCCAUGACGUACGAUGACGCCAAACAGACCUGUGCGGCAGACGGAGGCCAUCUUGCCGAUGUCAAGACACGGGAGCUGCAGGACUUCCUUAUCACAAAGAUUCAGGAAGUUGGCGCAGACGGGUGUUACUGGAUCGGACUUCAUAAAAUCACAGGGAACUGGACCUGGUCUGAUGGAACUCGACUCAGCAGUUGUGACUUCUCCGACUGGGCACCAGGAGAACCCAAGGGAGAUCAAUAUGUCCAACUCGCCAUCACGUCGCACUGGCUGUACCUAGCUGGGAAAUGGGACGACACCGGCCGCCGUAACCACCACUACUCCAUCUGUCAAACCGGUCCUGGUGAAGGCAGUGUUUGUCGACACAGAAAUGGCGGAAAUAUCCCAGUGAAAACUGUACUGGCGGAUCUGACUGCCGUGGAAAUGUCUCCGUGACUAUAAGUGGGAGACCAUGUCUGCAAUGGGAUGUCUACUUUGUACAUCAUCAGCUGUACCGGCCAGAGGAGUAUCCUGACGACUACUGCAAGAGCCCGAAGAGAAAUUAGCGCACCAUUUGGUGCUACACGGCGGAUCCUAUAUCAAACACUCGGCGGGACUGUAACAUCGAACCAUUGGAUUGCAUUUUAACUUUCUUUUGCACCUUUUGGCAGAUUUUGCACUAUAUAAUUAUGUUUUCCUCAUCAUGAGGAAGAGAGUUUGUUUAAAAACGUAACCUCAAAGAGCUUUUGUGUAACAUUAUCCUGUCACAAAUCUCAGUCAUGAGUAAAACUAUAAACUGUUGUAACAUUAUCAAGUAUUAUACAUACACCUUUGUUGUGUAACAUUUAGUAUAAAUCCCUUGGAAUGUAACUGAUUAACUGUUAAGUAAUUAGGUGACUUCCGACAACCAACUGUACCACCAUGAUACGACUCAUGAGCCUUUGUAGAAAAUUUGGCUCAUGAGCCUUUGUAGAAAAUGAUGUUGAAUAUCAAGCGCUCUUAUGUAGAAUGA